AUGAAGAUCCAUCACCUCAAGUGGCUUCGGAAAGCUCACGACAGGCUCCGAAACAAGGAAGCCCCAACUGUGACCGAACUGACUGAGAUGCCCACUAAGGAUGAGGCUCCAGCACCGGUUGACACCGAAAACAACAACCCAAACAUCGAAGAUGUCGACUAUGUCCAGGAAAAUAUCCGGGCCAGUUGCAACACAGGCAUGUGGUGUCUCAUCGUCCUGACGAUGCUUGCUUCGCUUUUCCUCUUUGCCCUCGACAACACAAUCGUCGCUGAUAUCCAGGCUCCCAUCAUUGCUCGUCUGAGCCAGGUCGAGAAGUUGGUCUGGCUGGGUGUGGCUUUCACCCUGUCGGGCUCUGCUACCAUCGCCAUAUGGGGUAAAUUUUACGGAAUCUUCAGCACCAAGUAUCUUUACUUGUCCUCGGUUUUCUUGUUCGAAGUUGGCAGUACUGUCUGUGGCUCGGCUCAAACUAUGAAUGCAAUGGUCGUUGGUCGUGCGAUCGCUGGAAUUGGGGGUGCCGGUAUGUACCUGGGCUGUCUCACCCUGCUCACCAUCACCACGUCGAUCCGAGAGCGACCCAAGUACAUGUCUUACACUGGUAUCACCUGGGGACUUGGAACGGUGCUGGGACCUGUUGUCGGAGGUGCGUUCGCACAGAAUCGCCAUGCAACCUGGCGCUGGGCAUUUUACAUCAACCUCGUGAUUGGUGCUGCCUUUGCACUUCUGUGGCUCUGGAAGCUGCCUCGCGGCGACCCCCAGAAGAACAAGACCUUCUGGCAAAAGAUCCAGCAGAUCGACUUUCUUGGAAUGGUGCUCAACAUCGGCGCACUCGUGGCUUUGAUCAUGGCGAUCAACUUCGGCGGUAACCUUUACGCCUGGAGCUCUGGCAGUGAGAUUGCGCUUUGGGUCGCGGGAGGUGUCGUUCUGCUUCUCUUCGCAUUGCAACAGGGAUUCGCUUUCGGCACCACCAAGGAGCUGAGAAUCUUCCCGGCCGAUCUUCUGCGCAAGCCUCUGAUGUGGAAUCUGUUCACGCUCAUGUGCUGCGCCGCGACUUGCGUUUUCGUCCCGACGUACUACAUCCCGUUGUACUUCCAGUUUGUUCGCGGCGACACCCCCUUGCAAGCCGCUGUUGGACUCCUUCCGUUCAUCAUUCCCAUGGUCUUCAUGGGACUGAGCAACGGUGCCGCCAUGGCCAAGACCGGCCUGUACAUGCCGUGGUACCUAGGCGGAGGAAUCUUCACGGCUGUUGGUGGCGGGCUGAUGAAAAUUGUAGACACCAUCGGCGAGAACACGGCCACCUCGAAAGUCUAUGGGUUUUCGGCCCUGAUCGGAAUUGGAGCCGGUAUGUUCAUCCAGACCGGGUUCUCUGUGGCCCAGGCGAAGGCCAUUGGCCGCGAGUCGGACGCCUCGUCCUUCAUCGCCCUGGCCCAGAACAUUGGGAUCACCAUCGCGUUGGCGAUCUCUGGCACCGUCUUCCAGAAUCAGGCGCUGGAAAAGCUGCAGGUUCUGCUGCCCGGCCAGAACCGGGAGGCGCUUCGUGGUGCCCUGGUCGGUGCGGGCAGCGGGCAGCUCAAGCAGCUGCCCGCUGACGUUCGGAAGGCGGCGAUCCAUGAGAUCGUCAACGCGAUGGGCCACAACUACUGGCUGGUCGUCGCUGCUGGCUGUGUGGCUGUUGCUGGGGCUCUCUUCAUGAAGCCCGAGCGAAUCUUUGUUCGCUCCACCGCGAUGGGUUGA